GGUGCUCAAGGUGAACGCGCCGGGCCCGGGAUCCGCCCCCGGCGCGGCCCCGCCCUGUCCCCUCCCCGGCCCCGACUUUCGGGCAGCCCUGCCCACUCCCCUGUCCCGGCCCAGCCCCUCUCCAUCCCAGCGUGCCGUGCGCGGCGGCGGCGCGCGGGCGCCUGGGGCGGGACUUCCGGCGCGCUGGAGCAUCUUCGGGCCGUGCGUUUGUGGCCGUCCGGCCUCUCUGACAUGCAGAUUUCCACCCAGAAGACAGAGAAGGAGCCAGUGGUAAUGGAAUGGGCUGGGGUCAAAGACUGGGUGCCUGGGAGCUGAGGCAGCCACCGUUUCAGCCUGGCCAGCCCUCUGGACCCCGAGGUUGGACCCUACUGUGACACACCUACCAUGCAGACACUCUUCAACCUCCUCUGGCUUGCCCUGGCCUGCAGCCCUGUUCACACUACCCUGUCAAAGUCAGAUGCCAAAAAAGCCGCCUCAAAGACGCUGCUGGAGAAGAGUCAGUUUUCAGAUAAGCCGGUGCAAGACCGGGGUUUGGUGGUGACGGACCUCAAAGCUGAGAGUGUGGUUCUUGAGCAUCGCAGCUACUGCUCGGCAAAGGCCCGGGACAGACACUUUGCUGGGGAUGUACUGGGCUAUGUCACUCCAUGGAACAGCCAUGGCUACGAUGUCACCAAGGUCUUUGGGAGCAAGUUCACACAGAUCUCACCCGUCUGGCUGCAGCUGAAGAGACGUGGCCGUGAGAUGUUUGAGGUCACAGGCCUCCACGACGUGGACCAAGGGUGGAUGCGAGCUGUCAGGAAGCAUGCCAAGGGCCUGCACAUAGUGCCUCGGCUCCUGUUUGAGGACUGGACUUACGAUGAUUUCCGGAACGUCUUAGACAGUGAGGAUGAGAUAGAGGAGCUGAGCAAGACCGUGGUCCAGGUGGCAAAGAACCAGCAUUUCGAUGGCUUCGUGGUGGAGGUCUGGAACCAGCUGCUAAGCCAGAAGCGCGUGGGCCUCAUCCACAUGCUCACCCACCUGGCCGAGGCUCUGCACCAGGCCCGGCUGCUGGCCCUCCUGGUCAUCCCGCCUGCCAUCACCCCUGGGACCGACCAGCUGGGCAUGUUCACGCACAAGGAGUUUGAGCAGCUGGCCCCCGUGCUGGAUGGUUUCAGCCUCAUGACCUACGACUACUCUACAGCGCAUCAGCCUGGCCCUAAUGCACCCCUGUCCUGGGUUCGAGCCUGCGUCCAGGUCCUGGACCCCAAGUCCAAGUGGCGAAGCAAAAUCCUCCUGGGGCUCAACUUCUAUGGUAUGGACUACGCGACCUCCAAGGAUGCCCGUGAGCCUGUUGUCGGGGCCAGGUACAUCCAGACACUGAAGGACCACAGGCCCCGGAUGGUGUGGGACAGCCAGGCCUCAGAGCACUUCUUCGAGUACAAGAAGAGCCGCAGUGGGAGGCACGUUGUCUUCUACCCAACCCUGAAGUCCCUGCAGGUGCGGCUGGAGCUGGCCCGGGAGCUGGGCGUUGGGGUCUCUAUCUGGGAGCUGGGCCAGGGCCUGGACUACUUCUACGACCUGCUCUAGGUGGGCAUUGCGGCCUCCGCGGUGGACGUGUUCUUUUCUAAGCCAUGGAGUGAGUGAGCAGGUGUGAAAUACAGGCCUCCACUCCGUUUGCUGUGA